GCUCCGUAGCGCUGACCCGCGGCACGUGACCGGGAGAGCUACGGGACACUGGAGGGGUCAGUUAGCGCAGCCGCCGCCGCCGGGCCGGCGCUGCCGCAAUGCCGCGGUACGCGCAGCUGGUGAUGGGCCCGGCGGGCAGCGGGAAGAGCACGUACUGCUCCACCAUGGUGCAGCACUGCGAGGCGCUGGGCCGCGCCGUGCAGGUGGUGAACCUGGACCCGGCGGCGGAGCACUUCAGCUACCCGGUGAUGGCAGAUAUCCGCGAGCUGAUUGAAGUGGAUGACGUCAUGGAAGAUGAAUCCUUACGGUUUGGCCCCAACGGCGGGCUGGUGUUCUGCAUGGAAUACUUUGCCAAUAACUUUAACUGGCUAGAGGAGAGCCUUGGCCACGUGGAGGAUGACUAUGUAUUGUUUGACUGUCCAGGUCAGAUUGAACUCUACACCCACCUGCCAGUGAUGAAACAGCUGGUGGAGCAGCUUCAGCAGUGGGAGUUCCGCAUCUGUGGAGUUUUUCUUGUGGACUCUCAGUUUAUGGUGGAAUCUUUUAAGUUUAUCUCUGGGAUUCUGGCAGCACUCAGUGCAAUGAUCUCUUUAGAGAUUCCACAGAUCAAUGUCAUGACCAAAAUGGAUUUGCUGAGCAAGAAAGCCAAGAAGGAAAUAGAAAAGUACCUGGAUCCAGAUAUGUACUCUAUGAUUGAAGACUCUACAAAUAUAUUGAAAAGCAAAAUGUUUAAAAAACUGACUAAAUCUAUAUGUGGAUUGAUUGAUGACUAUGGCAUGGUUCGAUUUCUACCUUUGGAUCGCUCCGAUGAGGAAAGUAUAAACAUAGUUCUGCAGCACAUCGACUUCACCAUUCAGUAUGGAGAGGAUCUGGAAUUUAAAGAACCAAAGGAAUGUGAAGAAGAUAAAUCUGCUCUUGUGGAUGAGUACUUUCAGGAUCAUGUGGAUGAGUAAAAAAGGUGUUCAAAAAUGGGAAAUACCUUCCUUGUGUAAAAAAUUGAACAGAAAAACAAAUCCACCCCUACAGAAACAUAUUUGAUGUUUCACCUGUAAGAUAACUGAUAUUUAUAGUGAAGAAUGUGCUAUAUGACCUCAUGACUAUUUUAAUAAAUGCUUUUUUUUCUUGUG